GAGAGCGAGAAAUGAAAGCAGAAGUUGGGGAGAAAUUCAGUGAGUUUUUGGAGAGAUGGGAGAGUCAACUUGACGACUAUAAACAACAACUAAUGAGGGGGUCAAAAGAGGGCACUAGUGAGCAAGAAUUGCAAGUUUUGGUCUCAACAGUGACUACCCAUUACAAAGAAUACUACACAGUCAAAUGGGCUGCAGCCCAUGAAGAUGUGUUUGCAUUCUUUUCUCCAACUUGGGUGAGCCCCUUAGAGAAUGCUUAUUCAUGGCUCACUGGGUGGAAGCCCUCCAUGGCUUUCAGACUCCUCGACUCACUGAGUCCGACUCGGUCCCAGUUGACGGAGGAGCAGGUGAGGAAGAUUGGGGAGUUGAGGGUGAAGGUGAGGUUGGAUGAGGCAAAAGUGGAGAUGGACAUGGAGAGGCAGCAGGUGUCAAUGGGUGAUAGGAAGGUGGUCAACUUGGCUCGGUUGAUGAAUCGGAGAGAUGACCCAGUGAGUGAAGCGGAUGGGCUUGUUGAGGUGGCUUUGAAGAGGUUGAUGGGUGGGUUAGAGAGGGUGAUGAAGUCUGCUGACUGUGUUAGGCUUAAGACACUGAAAGGGGUUUUGGAUAUUUUGACUCCUUCACAACGCGUCGACUUCUUGGCUGCCAUUAUCGCAGUUCAAAUUCAGCUUGGUCAACUUGGCAAGACUAGAGAGUCCCACAAGCUGUAGCAUCAGCAGAAAUCUAUGUUGUUUCUUCUAGUAUUUGGUGGGUUUUCUACUACCAUUGUAGCCAUAGACGUUUAGAGUCUUAACAAGUUUGUUGUUGUUUCCCUUGUUUCCCUUCUCUUUUUGGCAGAGCAAGACAAACUGUUGACAAAGCUUCAAUCUUUUUUUCAUACAUAAUGAAAAAUCAGAAGUUCUAACU